CAUGCCGGUUUAACAUAAUGAAGAUGGCUGCCAAUUACAUCAGUGUUGCGGAUUUGCUACGUAGAAAGAUCAUCUGCUGUUGCAUGAGGCAAAAUAUUAAUCAAUUAAUGGACCUGACGACUACCUCUGCGUUAGUGGGUACCGACAACUCAAGAUAGAACACAGGAUUAAACGUUUCCAAUCAUACUAUCCAAAUCGAAAAAAGAUCGUUUCUAAACAUUACACCCUGGUGAUAGUGAUGUCACAGUCCAACGACGUCCGAGUACGGGAUAGAGGUUCAUCACCAUCAAAGAAAAACUACGACAACCUAUUAUUCCACAUCAAAGGAACCGACCGAUCUACGUCACGGGGCAAAACAGAAUCAAUUAGUCACGUGGGACGUCGCUCGCUUCUGAUUGGACACAAGUAAAAGUCACAUGCAUAAUGUUCUGAAGUGAAAAUGGUAGUUGUUCAGUAGUGGGGGUGGCUACCUGACUGACGGUGUAUGUGCAACGAUGUUCGGCUAAGUCGUCACUAAAACACAAAUCAUCGGAAUACAAGAUAAAAAUAUAAGUGUAGCGAGGUUAUGAGUUCCUAUCUAGGAAACCUACUGCCGGCACACAUGGCUGCUAACGCUGGACAUUCGGAUGUGUUCUAUCCACGAGCGGAAAAAUCACUGGACAACCAUCAUUCAGGAGGAUAUCAUACGACAUCGACACACAAUAUGUGUUAUGAAAAUGAAAAUUCAACAUACAGUAUGGGUAACUACAAUUGCUAUCCUAUGUACGAGAGAUUAGACUCUCAGAACCAGAUCCAGCCUAUGAACCUUGUAGCUAAACAACAAGGAUAUUGUCCCGGUGGAAACGGUAGCAUAUAUCCUUAUCAAAAUUCACACAAUUUUAGUCAUUCUAAUCAUUUGCAUGGGAUUUCACCUUACCAGGAUGACCGACCGAGCUGUGUUAAAACUGAGGAGGGGUGUAUCCCCACCCCUCCACCUACCUACCCUUUACACGAACAGCACCAAUCUGUGGGACAGUUACCCUCAAUAUCAGGGCAAGAACUUAACCCACAUCAUCCACAUCUUUCCACAAAUCCCUCAUCAAUAAAUGGAAUUUCUCAACAAAAUAUGGCAGUUUAUCCAUGGAUGAGAGCAGCCGUUAAUGGAGGUUUUAAUUACUUUGCAGAAGUUACAUAUGAACAGAAGCGAACGCGCCAGACCUAUACCAGAUACCAGACCCUGGAACUGGAAAAAGAGUUCCAUUACAACCGAUAUUUGACGCGACGGAGGCGGAUUGAAAUCGCCCAUUUACUCGGAUUAACGGAGCGGCAGAUAAAGAUCUGGUUCCAGAAUCGACGAAUGAAAUGGAAAAAGGAGAACAAUAUCCCAAAAUUGACCGGUCCGGAUCGGUCAAAACCUGAAACAGAUUCGGAAAGAACAAACAUUGGCGCGAGUCCAAGUUCAGACGAAAACAACUAUUCCAAUUAGUGAUAAAAUAGUGUGACUUCUUGGCAGAGUUUUGAUAUAACGAGAACGAAAAAUCGAACACACUUUUAUACAUCUCAGGGUAAAAAGACGGUUACAGAAACGAGACGAACUCCCGAUUUUUGCUCAUCAUACAGGUCCCAUAGUGUUAUAACUGAGGUGCGCUUAUUAUAAAGUGUACAGUAUAUGUUAGAAGGUGGUGUGUGCUUACAGACAUUAGUACGGUAUUGGCACACCAUACAAAGGAAUGUGCAGCAUUUUGUGAUGAUGGUUAUAGGGUAAACAAGUCAAGAAUUCCCGAUAUAAAUUCAUCCAAGUUUCCAAUAUAUAUACUGAUAAAUUUUCGGAAAAUUCGAGGACUGAUUUAUGAAAUAUUUCAUAAUUCUUUUUAUGCUUGUUUCAUUUUGUUUUCAAUUUAUUCCAUUUUCAAUUCCCCCCCAAAAAAACGUUAUUUCUUAAAUAACAAACUUAUCGAAUUUAUUUUUAUGAAAGUGAAUUAUCGAAAAUUCCAACAUGUCUGAAGAAGAAAAGAAAAAUGAAAAGAAGACGAAUUGAGCUCAACAUGUAUUUGGAAUAACUUGGAUGGAAUUUAUAACGGAUCUAUUCUUGCAAGCUAAUUCUACAAAUGUGAAGUCAUUCACCAAGGAGGAUUCUAAUUAAUUUGUGACAGUGCUUUUUGAACAUAACCAGCUCGACGAUUGUGGAGUUUUCAUUUUCAUCGUCGUCCUUUUCAUCCCCAUUGUCAUUUGUUACUCCGGAGAGAUGUUAUAUAAUUAUCUGUGAACCUAAGUGUGCCGUGGUAAUUUCAUACUCUCUCUCGCAUACUGGUAAGGACAGACUUUUCCUCUGAUACAAAUGUUUUUAUCUGUGUUGGUGACCGUAUCAGAAACUUCAAACUAGUCUUUUUCUGUUAAAAUGAAAGGGUUAUAUAAUAAAACAUAAUACAAUGUUAUAUUUAAAAAAAAAUAGUUUUUUUUUCUCAACCAUGUACUUAUGUUGCUUACUACCGCGAAAUGGUCGAUAAAUUAGACCAGAAAAUCGUUUUUAUUAGGAAAUAUUAAUGUGAACAAGCUUGUGUUUUCACAAUUUUAUGAACCAAACAUGAAUACUGUAUUGUUGUUCAGAUUUGGCAUUUUACGCAUUGUAUUAAAAAUUAUAUAUAAGUUCAACUCAGGUAUAAUCUGCUACUCAAUUUUUGUCUUUAGUUUUAAACCUUUUGUUGCAUCCAAGGUAAAAUUAAAAAUAAGUCUUUACAUUAAUUUUUAACUUCAUGAAUAAAUUUCGAAACUAUUUUUUAAUAAUUCUAUCAUAGCCCUAGUGACACCAUGUGAACAUGUAACCAACCUCUGUUGUUUACCCUAGUUGUAAAUUCCCCUCUCACUGCACACAUAACUAUAUAAAACUGCUGUUCUCAUGAAAAUAUUUUUUUUUUCUUGUGUAAGAUUAUAAAACAUUAAAUAUCGUGAAAAUCUAUUUAAUUUAGUUUCCUUUGAUCAAUAAAGAUUCUAUAAUGCUCAUUCUAUGCAUCAACAGAUGCCACAGGACAUGAAUUUUAAAAUAUCAAGAUCUGCUGAAUAGAAGCUAAUUCUACUGUUGUUACCUUCCGUUUAAUAACACAAUGUAUUUUAGCCUGUUCAUCUAUCAAAUUCACUUAAUUUUCAUCGCUUUUACAUAGGUUUUACUGAUCAAAAAGAAAAACAAACGUCUCUAAUCAUGAAUUAAACAUAGAUAUCAUUAUAUUAUUUCGAUCACAAUGAUCAUAAACUUGUCCAUAACAACAAUGCAAAUAUGAUUUCGUUUUGUUUGUCACUACGGGCCUAAACUGUGAAGCCGGUAAAGGCUGAGUCAUAACGCCAUAUGUGUACACUACGCUCCAAUGCUCACAGAGGUAGGCGGUAGUCACUCAGUCGUUUUGUAACCAAUGAAAAAAUUCGAUAUAUCCCCAACACAUAAGCUCCGCCCACUAACGCGUAUGGAUAUCCCGGAGUAAAGUAGUACCGGAUCCAGUUCAAAAGUUUAGAUUUAGUUAUUUAUAUACAAUGUGUUUUUUUUUGACAGAAAUCUAAGGACUGAAUAUUGUUUCUCAUUAGUUAAAAAAAGGAACAUGCAAUAGAAAGGAAAUGUUUCUUUUGAUAAGUUUAUUUUUUAUCUGAGAUCUAUAUAUACUAGUAUAGAUCUUUGAUUUUAUUGAUCAUUUUGUAAUCCUCAGUCCAAACUCAUUUUGGAUCUAUCGUUUCUUUGUUAUCAUUUAUAUAUAUAUUAUAUAUAUAAAUGAUGUUGAAGUGAGUACAGACUUAUUUUCGGUAUUCUUUGAAAAUUAGAGAGUUGGAUGAUUAUAUGUUUAUAGCGGACGGGAGAAGUUGGUAUGAGAGUGCGUGCGCUGAAUGAAGAUCUAUGGAAGACUGGGGUAGAUUGAUAAUUCUCUUAACAUUUUUCCUAAUAUUUUUUCUGAUAAAAUAGAUCAUACCGUUUACAUUUGAUCAAACACUUAUAAAAUAGCUCCCUUUAUCAAAUUAUGUAAAUAAUUAAAUUGUUCUUUGCGCCUGUAUUUUCCAUAAGUACGUAAGAACGCAAGUUAUUGAUUUCUGGUGUUUGAUUGGUGGGUUUGAUGGAAUGUGAACGGUGUAUUAGUUUGUCCUGAAAAAUGAAACUCGGCUUUUUGUAUUUGUACCUAAAAUUACUGAUUGGAAUCGGACACAAGGGAACGAGAAUUUAUUAAAUGCAAGUGUGGAGAAACUGAAUAAUGUUGUAUUCGAGUAGAUUAUCGUUUUGUCCCUGUUUAGCGAGAAUUGAAUUUGUAUGAUAUGAAGAGAGAAAUCGUUAUAAUUAAUAAAACCGUGACUUUCUAAAGAAUGAA